GUCGUCUUCCUGUGAUGUCUGAGCUGCAUGCCCCCACGGGGCCGUGUGAUCGAGGUGCAGACUCCAUCGAGAGUCUGGUCAGCCGUAUUAAGGAAAACGUCUCGAGGGUUCGCGCGUCCAAGGCCGAUAGGGCCGACGACGAGCGUCCCCGUCGAUCCAAGGCGUUAGGUGACCGUCAACGAAAGAAGCGCGCCAAGAGGCCGGCUAAGGUGGCGGCACCACCUCCUCGAGAGGCAGAGCUGACAACAAGCGUCGGUUCAGACCCGGCAGAAAAAAGGCAACCGCGUCUUCUCAAGAAAAGACGGUACAUAGAUGGAUUGCCGAUUUACACAGAAGAGGAGUUGAGGCUCAACAACAAGGGUGGAGACACGCCCGAUUGCCCGUUCGAUUGCUGGUGUUGUUACUAGCUCUGGGCCCAAAUUUGGUCAAAAAAGUUUUUUUUGUGCGUUGAAGGGCAUUCAGGUUUGAAGCCGCUACACAUUAUAGCGAGUGGGCGCUGCCGUACUGUUUCAUGUGCGCUGAAUACCAUAGCGGCGUGCUUAGACACAGAAGGUCCGAAUAUCUGGUUUGCUUAGCAGUUGUCAAUUUUGACUUGGAGAGUGGGCAAAGUAUGUAUCGCACGCGCCGACGCGUAAUUCUCCCUUAGAGGACGAGGAUUUGUCUAAUUUUAUGCAGAAUUGGAGUUUCUGAUUCCUGAAGUGGGACUACAAGGAAGACACUUUCUACUAUCGCAUUUUCGUCCAUGCCUGAAUGUGAAGUCAAGAAGCGAGACACCAUCUAUGCCUUUCGCUUUGUUGACGAAUACCCUGGCAAUGAAUCACGGUACCUGAACGCUAUGGCGUUCUUCAGGCAAGAGCAGGACCAGAGCUCACCGAGGGGGUUCCAGCAAAAGAGCGUCGUCGCCGUAUUCGAGUCGAAGCUGUUUGCGCUUUACAGAUGGAUGAUGUCCAUCAUCGGACCCGUCUACUUUCAGUCGGGCGAGGCUGCGCUGCGCUCUGCCUACAGGGACACGUUGGAAUGGCCGCCCAUGGAGCGGCUCCUCGUGUCGAAGGAGGUUCAGCUCUUGGGAUUUGCGCAUCUGUCUCGCGUGUGUAAAAAUAUUUCGUACAAUUUUGAUUUUUGUGCAACUUUUCGUUACUUGCUCCCAAAGCUCUGGUUGCUCUGGGAGCUCGUCAUGUUGGCCGAGUCGGUUUGGAUUAUUUCCCCGUCGCCGGACGUGUCUAGUCAGGCCGUGUUGCUGUUGGUCAGCCUGAUUUCGCCGCUGGAGUACCAGGGCGACUUUCGCCCGUUCUUCACCAUCAGAGAUCUCAAUGCCUCCUUCGAGGAGAAGCGCGGUCCGUCCGUAUUCGGCGAGCUGCUCGGCGUCACCAACCCUUACUUCUUCAAGGCGUUCAGUACUUGGCCGAAUCGGAUCGUGCUGCGAGGAGGGUCGGACGCGCAUCACUUUUGCGACAAAGACAAAAUUUCUACCCAACACCAGCAGGUGUUCCCGUCGCAAACUCAAUUUCUGGCCGAGAUGCAAAAGAUGAUCAACGCGAAUGCGCCGUCCGGUGUCGUUGGCAGACACAUCUUGAAGCACUUCAGGUCCUACACGCAGGCAUUCCUCACCCCACUCGAGAUCUACCUCCAAAGAGCCGUGCUCCCGAACCCGAAGGAACUGCGUCUAUUCAGGACUCUCCCGACGCCGAGAGACCUGCAGAGGAGCGAGCUGCUGAAUUUCCUGAAGUUGAACCUGAAGUUCCCCUCCGACCGAGUUCACUUCUACAACAAGUUCACACACACGUUUACGUUCCUCAGAUGGUAUUACCGACGCGUGGUCUCGGCGAGGGAGGAGCUCAAGCGCAGAUACCUUGACCUGCUGAACUCCGUGUCCGUCGCCCUGCUCUUCGAGGGCAAAAGCGAGGUCGAAGUCAUCGAUCUCUAUCUCGAAGCCAAGUCCCAGCUGAGGAACGAAGGACAAAAGCUCGGCAAGGCCAUCUCGGAAAGACUCGGCACCCUGGUCGCCGAUAUGCUCUCACACAUAUCCGAAGACCUGGAACAGGGCACCUGCCACAAGGAACAAGCUGUUGUGUCCAACAACUCUGAAAUUUACUAGGUCACCCCCUCAAAAAAAAAAAUAAAAUCCACCCCCCUCCCCCCUGCA